UUCAAUUUCACCUUCAUAUACUUAAUCUAUUGCUCGAAAUAUAUCAUUAUUAAUCUCAAUACGAUUUCAAUUCCAAUUAUAAGACAACAUACUCAAAGUCCUGCUACGAAAAUCUAGCCAAGUCCAUUCACCCCUAUCGUCACAUAAGCCUCCAAUCAUCCACGUGCAUCACAAUGUCAGACUUUCUCCCAACCGUACCUAUCUUUCAACCUCCCACAACCUCAGCUACAGAAUACAAGAUUACCACGCCUGCCACCACCGAUCCCUCUCUUGCCCACGCAUCCACAUCCGAGAAUCCGAUUCUGCACCCCCGAAAAUUCGAUCUAGAAAGUGACACCGAAUUGUACCUGCAUGAAAAUCGCGUGAUUCCUCGUCUAUUCUUCUACGAGCCUGAAGGAGAAUUGCAAAUCUCGAGGUUGAAAAUGUUGAAAGAGGGCUAUUUUGUGGGGCAUCCGAGGACGUUGGUUUUCAGUGUUGCCGGGGCCGUGGCUCCCGUGAAACGUGAUGCUCUUCAGACUUUGGAUCUCGGUUUUGGAUUCCCUUCCGCUUCUUCCUCUUCGGGGUCCAGAGAUACGGAGGAAAAGUAUAGAGCAGCGUAUUCGGUGCAUUUUGGACCGAAAUCUAGGUAUAAUACUACGGGUAAAGUCAAGGAGACGGGAAGUAAAGUAGAGAUGCAGAAGAUUGCCGAAUUGGCGGCUGCAUGUGAGGCAUUGGAGUUUGUGGAGUUGGAAUGUAAGAUGAGAGUUAAGGGGUUUGAGGAUGUUAGUGGAGAGAUUGCCGCGGGAGGAUUGGUGGUAGGUGUUACCAGUAGUACGAAUUUGUGGUAUGGGAUAACGGAACAUAUUUACAAAUGGAAACGUAACAACUUCCACAACUCAAAAGGCAGCAAAGUAGUAGGCGAAGACCUAUGGAGAAGAAUCGAUGAAUGUAUGAAUCGAUUCGAAUUCAACCAGACGAGAGUCGCUUGGUUGUUAUGUGAAAAGGGGGAUAAUGAAGCAGAGGAAGCUGCUCAGAAAAAGGUCGACGAAGCUUUGUGAGGGGCGGAUAGUGGGUGCUGAGUGAAAACUUUUGUAUGAGCCAGGGUACAAAGGGGGGUUAGAUGUAUAGGGGAAUUGAGAGAAAAGUGGUUGUAGUGGCACAGAUCAUUGUGUAUGUAUGAUGUGUAUAUAGGUAUGUAUAUAUUUAUCACGGGACUUUAACUCUUCCUCGCGUAAAGCCCUGAAUCAGGAAAUUUUCGGAUAGAAUGAUAUAAUCAGCAUUUGGGAAAAUUAAAUAAGCCA